AUGGCUUCAUCGAUCGAUAGGAUAUUUGGCACCUCAGUGAACCAAGCGGUCCAGCAAAGCAUAAGUGAGAACCGCCCGUUGUUUGUCUACUUGAGCCGGGACGACGCCGCUAGCGCCAGCUUCGUCCAUCUGUGGCUAGGCGAUAACAAACUGACGGUGCAGCAGGCGUUGGCACGGUUUGUGCUUCUCAAGUUGGUCCACGGGACCACCGAGUUCGGCUACUUCGAGCAGAUUUUCCCCAACUUGGUGUUGCCCAGCUUCUACGUGGUGGAGCAGGGCCGUUUGUUGUGUGUGCUCAAGGACGCAGGUACCCCCGAGGAGCUCGUGGCCAGGAUCAGUCCCUACGGCCCCAGUGCUGGCGUCGGUUCCGGAAAUGCCGGCGAACACACCUCCCCAUCAUCUGCCACCCCCGAGUACUCACCAAACGCAGCAUUAUCAGGUCCUGGAAGAUCUCCUGAGCCUGUGACGCCUUCGCCACAACCAGAACAGUCACAAUUUGACCACGAGCAAGCCAGCCGCAUCCGCAAGCACAAGCUGGAUGUUGCCACCCAAAGACAGAUCCAGGAGCAGGAAAAGAAAAGAUUGAGAGAACUCUUAAAAGCUGACCAAAGAGAACGAGAGGCAAGGAGCAGAGAGGAGAGUGCUAAAUUUGCAUCCACGAAGCCGCCAGUGUCGGUAUCGCCAACCCCACCACAACCAAGCAACACCUGUACAUUAUCUAUAAAGCUCUUCAAUGGAAGCUCGUUGAAACAGACGUUCGAAUCGUCCAAGACGUUGAACGACGUGAGAAGGUGGUUGGACACCGAGUCGGGGGUGGAGGUGGUACCCAAACCCGGGUCCAUGGCAUCGUUCGCCCCCUCAUCGUACCCUCCGCCAACCCACUACGUCUUCCACUGUCCUGUGAUUCCUAGAACCACCUAUACUGAUGAGGAUGAAUUUAAAUCAUUGAGUGAGCUUAAGUUGAGUCCCAGAUCUGCAUUAAUCUUGAAGCCCAUCUACGAAGAAAACGGCUACUCCAACUCGUAUCCCAAUGGGAACGUGCCCAACCGGGGGGUUUUGAAAAGCUUGGGUUCUGCUCUUGGAAAGUUCGGCAAUGCAUUGUACUCGUUCUUCGAUUACGGGGUGGCGGAAGAUCACCACCAA